AGGGUUUAGCUAGAGUUUGCCCUGCCGUCUGCCAGCAUAGUUAAAAAAAAGGCACUAUCUGAAAUUUGAUCUGUAGAAGAAGACUGAUGGCGCUGAGAUCUGUUCAGAGCCGAGUUGUGAUCAAUCGAGCCUUGUUGUUGGCUCGCUCCCGUUUUUACAGUGACGGAAAAGGCAAGAUUCUCAGCGAGGAGGAACGCGCAGCUGAGAACGUCUACAUCAAGAAAAUGGAGAGGGAGAGGCUGGAGAAGCUGAAGCAAAAGGCUGCCAAAGAAAAAGCUGAGAAUGAGAAAGUAAUUGCUGAUAAGAAGACUGACGGGACCCAUUAAUGGCUGAAUGAGUGAUCUGCAUGACCUAAUAACUUCAGAAAUAAUCCUGUUUACCGGAAUAAUAAUGCUGUGACUUUUCACUUGUGGGAAUUUCUCUGUAUAAAUUUUGUUGUUUUUAUUUUUAUAUCUCCUGGACAGCUUUUCAACAUACCUGAUAUGUUUCCAAUGACUCUUUGCAA